AUGAUUUCGCCCAAGUGUCCUCUACGCUUGACUGAUCCCUCCCAGAAGUACUCUUCAUGCGAAGGUCCUUAUCUAUCCUGCUGCGGAGCUUUGUCUGUUCUACUGCUAGACCAGGAAAAUGCGGGUUUCCGGUUAAACUACGAUAAAUCAACGGGAAUCACGCUAGCCUGGAUUUGUGGUCGUACUUGGCAUGAAGGUGAGCAAGCAUCUGUAAUUCCGAUGGUUUGCUAG